CUCCCGAAUGAGCGAUUGACGUAGCAUGUCAGGUGAGGGAAAUAUUUAAUUGCACGUUUAAAUUGCAUCUCAUUCCAUCUAUACAUGGAGCAACCUCUUAAAUGAUAAGUAUUUGCAAGGAAGGGUAGGCGCCCGCAGAGCCUAUCGACGCCAAAUAAUUUGGUGAGUGGUGGUGAAACGAAACGUUGAACCUGAAAUGUUGCUGUUAUUUUCAUAAGUAGAUGAGUAUGUGUGUUUUCCAUCGUAAUCCAUUUUUUUUAAAUACAUACACAAAUCUAGUGACAAUUCUUCCAUUUCCAACGAGAAAGUGAUUGUCCGGACCUAUGUGAGAAAAUAUAAAUUAGUGAGAUUUCUGUCAGUAGAUGUUAUCGUCCUCUUUACUCAAACCUGAACUUAUUAUGAAAUAUUUUUUAGGUAUAUCUCCAUGCAUGCCUGCAUUUCAUAUUUCAGAUUAGUGAACUGAUUAACCAUCAGGUAUACAUAUCAGCAAAAGUCAGAUGCAAAUUAAAGCACUUAAGCUCGGAAUGCAGAUAGAAUGAUGUGUGACAGACCUCUCUUAUUUAGAAGCUCUUAUUGUAUUUGCAAGACCUCCUUGCUCCUUCAGUGCAGACAAUUUAGUGUGCAUUGUAAUUUGUUUUUGGUGGUGUGGAGAGGGAUAAUCAUCAUAAUAUUAAGCAGACAAGUGAUGAGAAGAGAGAAAUAUCAAUUAUAAGUUGAUCUGAUACCAUGACAGUUGGAGAAUUACUACCCGUAAAUUAAAUGUGUUCAAAGACUUCUGCAUCUGUAUAUUGGCUACAUUUUGACCAUGACACGGUCAACAUUUUCCAUGAAUCUCAAUUGCUGUAAAUGAUAAAUGAAAAACAUUGAUUGUCCAUGCUGUGGAGUUGAUCUGCACUGAACCUUUGGCUAAAACAAGUCCUAGUGUUGUGCAAUUAAGUCUUGCAUUGUUGACAGAUAGCUGUGAUAAGAGUUUUUCUAAUGUAAUUUACAAAGGUUUAUUGGUAUACUGCUCUCCAUUCUAAUUCAAUCUGAACAAUUUUUUUUCAUUGAUCUGCACAGAUAUUUGUCAUCUCAAAGAAGAUGCCUAGUCAGUAUGAACUGUGCUGACGUAGAUGACAGACCGCUUCCAACAGGCUGGAUAUGUCGACAGUCCAAAUCAAGAAGGGACAAGCAUUAUUAUUUUAACACUAUCACAAGGGAAUCAAGCUGGAAGCAUCCUCUUGAUACUCCACUAAGCCAUGAUGACUCAUCUGUUCAUGUAAGUGUUAUACUCAAUCUGUACUUUACAUGUAAAGAGCACAAGUCAUUCUUGUAAUUUUAACUGAACUUUAAUGAAAUGACUCAACUACAAUUUUCAGAUUUGAAGGAAGCAUAUGCUCGUAAAAUCAUACAAUUUUUGUUUCUAUUAUUUAAAUUAACAUAUGAUGAAAAUUUGCCUCUUUCCAUGUUUUGAGAUACCAAUGAGUCAUCUAAAUGUUUAAAUUGACUAUGAAUGCCAACAUUUUGGAAAUCAUUCGGCAACCUGACUGCCCAGACAUCUUAGAAUUCAACCCAAUAAUAGUAAUAACAAAAUGUGGUCUUCACGCAGCUUUUUCUUUGGUGGUUGCAAAAAAUGGAAGAAAAAAAUUGGUUCUUGAAUGCCCUUUUGCUUGGCUCUAAUUGGGGAAAAAGAGGUAUGAGACUUUGUUAAGACACCUCUAAGCAGCCAGGUUGCCUAGCUACAUGUACUGUAGAUUCAAAUGAUUGGUUUAAGAUUUGUAUCUGAUUGAUUCAGAAGGCUGUGCCAUUGUUUUGUCGCAAAUUAGUAAGUGAAGAAAAGCAAAACCCUUGCAAUCCUUAAUUACCCUAAUUAUUUGAUUUAGUGUCCUUGUUUCAGUAAGUGCCCCUCUCUAGCAAGGGCCUCCUGGAAUUUGUAUUUAUUAGCAACUACUCCUAUUCUAAUGUUCACCUAUAUUUCAUGAUCACCCUCAUUCCAAUUGCUUCCCUAUUACAAUAAUUGCCCUAUUCUGUUUCAGUGAUAGCAUUGCUAGAGUAUUAUUACGCAUUCCCCAAAUAUUUGCUUUAUGCUUGUUAUUUUUACUAUUUUCUCUUUUAAGUGAACAUCAAAGCUUUGUUUUACACAUUCUGCUGAUUCUCAAAAAAAAAAAAGUUCCAUGUCCUCAAUAUGCACCAUGUCUUGAAUAAGCACCCUCUCAAAAGGUACCACAAGUUAAUAAAUGCCCCAUGUGCAAAAUCAAAACAUGGCAGUACAUUCAUUGCCGUAAUGAAAGUUCAGCUGUCUUCUUUGUUCUCCAACAGAGCAAAGGAAGUGUAUCGAAGAAAGAGUUUGGGAGUGAUGGAUCUAGUGCAAGAAAGAAAAAUAAAAAAUCCAAGAAGCACAAGAUACCCGACCCAGGGCAUUCAGUUUCUGAGAAACUAUCUUCACCAACAGGAGACUCCGGCCAAGAUAAUGAGAUACCUAUUAGUAAGAUGACGGAAGCCGUGUUGAAUUCCACCUGUCAGGAACAGAUAUGCAGUAAUUCUAAAGCUUGUCGCAUUAGUGCAUGGGUGAAUUCUGUAGAUACAACUUAUACACCCAGUGAACAGGGCAGCUGUGUUAGUGUACCAUGUUUGCAAAGUGCUGAAAGUGACGAAGUUAGUGUUGGCGACUUUCCAUUAAAAAAGUUUUACAGAAGACCAACAAAUGAGCAAAAUGUUUCAGGAAAUGCAACAGGUAAACUCCUGAAAAAGAACAAUGCUAACAAUGACAAAAUCAACAAUAGCACAAGACUUGACUCCAGGUCUAUGUGGCAUCCGUACAAAAAAGGAUAUAUGCCUAGUGGAAAUAAUGUACGACUACAUAAUGGAAUUUCAAGGAAUUCUAUGCAAGGCACUCAAUCACCAGCUAGUUUUAGUGCUGUUCAUACACCAUUCAGUCCAUUAUCUCGUCAUCCCACUGUCCUUGGAACAAAUUCUGACAAAACAGACUCACGUCAGAAGUUACCAGGCAGCCAUGUAGCUUAUCAAACACAAAGUGAGGAAGAAAUGCAACUUGACAGUCAAAUGUCCUUCAUCAGCUAUGGAAAUGUUGGUUAUGAAGCAGAGACUAGUAAGCCACAACAGUUUGAUAGUAAUGAUGAUGCAAUGGAGAUUGAUAACUAUGAAGAACUCAAAGAUCAGAUUAGAGCAGAGGUAUUUAAUGUGUUAUACAACUUGUUUUGUAGGCAUUGGAGAUUGGAGAAUUCCUGUGCUGCUAUGCAGAAUUCUUUGGCUUAACCCUUCAACCCCUAGAGUGAUGAGCAUUUAAUUUCUCCCAGCAGUAUAACCCCUUAAUCAAACAUUAUGGUCAUGAGAAUAAAGGAAAUUGUUUAUACUCUAGAAUCUUUUGAUUGUAAGACACUCUCUUCUUGUCAAAACCUUAGGAAACGUGAAGAGAACAUUAGCGAGAACUUGCAUGUUGAUGUGAGGAUGUAAAGGAUUAACUCAGAUAGCAUGGGUUAUUUUGUAAUCAGUCAUGGAGAAAUCAGUGUUUGUCAAAUAUUGCUUUUCACUCAUCUUCUAGCUGCUAAAAAUGUUGCUAAUAGCAAUAGUCAUAAAUAUGAAAGCAAUCUUUGCAUUAUGUUGGUUCCAAAUAAAUCCCUAAAGUGGUGAAUAAAUGACUGUGAAUAUAUAUUUGUGUAUUCACCACUUCAUGGGUUUAUUUGGAACCUACACUUGAGCAGCUCCUAGUUAGCUUGUUAGCUGAGUUGGUAGAGCACUGCACUGGUAUUGCAGAGGUCAUAGGUUCAAAUCCCAUACAGGCCUUGUUUUCACUACUGCUCAAGUAGUGUUUAUCACUGCAAAGAUCGCUUUCAUAUUCAUGUCUUUAUCUGCAGUUCAAAUAUAUGACUUUCAUAUAUUCACAGUUGGAGGGCUCAGAGCAAGAACGAUCCCUUGAUUUUUUGGCCAUUUUUGAAAGUGUUCAGAAGUAGUUGAAUUUUGGCAUGUGGACACUUUCAAAAAUCGCCGAAAAAUCAAGUUGUUUGAAAGCAGGUACUUUAGUAUUAUAUAUCCCUUUUCUGUACUUUGAAGAGUUCAAAUAAUUUAUAAAGGAGUGGGAUUGGUAAUUACCUCUGAAGACACUUUAAAAGAAGGGUGAGAAUAUCUUGUGGAAACAUUCACAGUACAUUAAAGACUUGUUUUAGAGAUCCACUGCUGCCAAACACACUUUCAUUUAUGUACCUAAAUUGCUAAUUGUAAAAUUUUCAUCAUUGUUUACUGCUGGGUCUGCUAAAUCUGAGUAUACAAUUCACUCUCAGUGUUGAACAUUUUGAGAGCCAACAAUUUUUAACUGCCUACAUGCAUACACAGAAUUAAAACACACAAAAAAUAGAAAAAAAAAGUGUUUUGCUGUUUUUUUUCCUUUUCUCUUAAAGCUUCAAGGGAUCAGAUCAGAAUUUGUACUUGAUCCAUUGAUGGUGAGUGGAAAUGUUCACAUUGACUUUUAAAGUCCUUUAGUAUGAGUCAUACUAGAAGGAACUUUUUUAAUUAAUAGAAGAAUUGGUUGCUGAUAAUAGCCUGUACUGCUUAUGUUUGUCUGUGGGGAGUGAUAUACAAAUUUCUUCCAUUUCUAAUUUUAUAUGAUAGAUAACACACCCAAAACAUGGACACUUCAGUGAGUUUUCUUAUCUUAGCAUUCUGUUGUUCAUUUAUUGUAGGUUGAAGCUGAAACAUCCAGGCCCUCAAAAGUUUCAUACAAGGUGAUUUUAAAGUCCUUGUCUCUGUUUCCCUUGUUUUUUUGCAGAACCUAAGUGCAAAAGAAACUAAUAUCAUUUUUACAAAGAAGAAUUUGCUAGUUUUUUAGAUGUCCUUGGACAUAGUUAUACGAAAAACACUAGCUUGUGGUGUGCAAGACGUAGCAAAAUUUAACUUGUGACCAUCUAUUUCAGGACACUCUGUAUAUAAUUUUGGAUACAAAUGUCCUUCUCUCACAUCUGAAACUCAUUUCUGAAUUAAAAGACUUUCCCAUUGAAGGUAAGUAUGCCUUUGGUUUUAGUGUUAUUACUUCCCAAUACAACAGUUACAUUUACCUCUGUCAGUUUUAGUGUCAAACAAAUCCUUCCUUAACUUCUGUCAUCCUCUUUACUUACACCUUUUAUAUUUAACAAAUGGACAGUGGUUUUGAUAUUUACUUGACUGUACUGACAACAGUAUUGAUCAUCACAUUAAUCAAAAUGUUGUGAAGUCAGUCGGCUGCACCUUGUGACUCUGCAACAUUUUGACUACUGUGUAUGUUGUUGUUGAUAAGAGUACAGACCAUGCUAAACCACUGUCAAUUUGUUUUUUUUACCACAAUAUUGAGGUCAUAUUGAGUGAUUCUUUAACUGCAUGAUUGUUGUGUGAUAUGUUGACAUGAGCAGCAUUGUCUGUGCUUUUACUGUUUCCCCCCCCCCCUUACAAAAACCUACAUUUUCUAAAAGCCAAAUAAUUUACUUGAGCUGCCUCAGGGAGUUUAUUUUGGUGAUUAUUGUGUGCUCUUAAUUCCAAAAGGUGGAUAAAUUUUGAGUGAAUUUUUCAACAUUUACACUCCACUUAUCUCUGAGUGAGGAAGCUACUGAUUCAAACUUUCUAUAAUGUUCGGUGUGUUUUUGUUAGUAACAGCAUUUUGGGUUGACAUGUUUCUUGUAAUGACUUUAUAGUUCUUUGCUUUAGCUAUCUAUUCUCUAUUUCUUUGUACACUGACCUGUAGGUGUGGCCAGACCAGUUCUUGUGGUGCCAUGGAUAGUGAUUCAGGAACUAGAUUCACUUAAGGUAGCCUGCUAUCUCUCAAUGCUCUUUUUUUAUAUUUUUUUCUUCACAUUGCAGCUCUUUUGAUAGUGAGACAACAUGGUACAUGCACUUACAUGUGGUCAACAAAAAUUUUUAAGCAGUGAUACAAUUUCAAUAAAGUUUCCAAAUGCCUUUUUCGGUUUGAGGUACAUAUAUGUUUAAACAAGUUUCAAUUCAAACAUUCUUAGCCUUAGACCAUAGCAUUUUGAAAGUACAUUUUUUCUUAUUUUGUUUUCAGAGUGAUUCAUGGAGGGUAAAGAAGGGAAAGCUAGUGACUGAGACAAAUCAGGUUUGAAACUAUUUAAAGUAACUUUAAUUUGAAGUUCUGUACCAACUCUUCAGUUUUACAGUGUAUGCUAAGUUUUACAUAAAGUGUGUUCCUUAAUCCAUUCAAAUACACAUACAGUUGGACUAAAUAUUGUGCUGGAUGCAAACCUUGUUAAAAGCAUCACACUUACUGAGCUCCAGAAUAGCAAAAACCAAAUGUUUGGUUUGUAGUGAAUGAAAGUAAAGUUGGAAAUUUCAAUGUUGCAUGGGAACCAUGGACCUAGAGUAAAAAUAUUGCACAAUGUUAGAGAUUUGCCUUAGCCUGUAUGGGCCUUUAACUUUCAUUCACUGUAGAAUUGCAUCAUUUAUUAUUAAAUGGAAUACUUUCUUUGUUGUUUUAGAAUGGCAAGUUAGGUGUUGAUAUCCUUGCAAGGCAGGCUGUCAAAUUUCUUCACCUUUGUUUUGAGUCUAAUCAUGCACGAGUUCGAGGGCAGACAGUGUCUGAGGUUAGUACAAUCAGGGUAACCAGUGCUGCAUGAGUACAGUGUAUCUUUACAAUUGUACCUUCUCAUAUGAACUAAUUGCUUUGUGCUUGACAAGAAUUUGGAAAAUUUGUUUUCAAUGAAGUUGCAUUGAUUUUGAUGGUUUUCCUUUCUGUUUCAUCUGUUAAUAGGCUGGUUAACCACUGGCUUCAAUUUUCAUGACACAAUCAAGCAAAAAGCACCAUAAUUAUAUCAGGGUGGAGAUUUGUUUGAAUGCUUAGAAUGGUGUGAUUUGUUCCCUUGACCUCUAUAAUAGGGACAGUUCCUCUGUCAUUUUAUACUUCACAGAUAUCUACAACUAGUGUUCAUAAUAGUUUUUGUUACUUUUCUCAACAAUUUAUGUUUCUUUGCAUAAAUCUCAUUCAUUUUUGUUGUCCAGGCUCGGGAAAUGAUGGAGAACUGUGCCAUUGAAAAUCCUAAUAAUGAUGACAAAAUACUGCAGUGCUGUUUAUUAUUUCAACGAAAGGGUAUGUGUCAGUAAAAAGAGAGAUCUUCACAAUGAGAAACACCCAAAAAAAUUAACAGUUUUGCAAAUGUAUCUCGAAUAAUUAUGGCUUGAACAAAAUUAUCAGAUAAGAAAAAGAAAAAAAAUACUUUGUUUUUAGCUGAACAUGAAAGUUUACUUGACAGGCUCUCCGGAGAGACUUCAGGCAUGUACUUUCUGUAGACCAAUUGCUUUCUCUGAUUGGACAUAGAUUAUAUAGCAUUGUAUUUUUGUGCCCUAUCACUGUGACUUUUGUCUGCAUUUUGUUUACAGUUAAUAAAAUAUGAAAAAAAUUUGAAUUCUCUCUCCCAGUUAUUUCCUUCUGUGUCUUUUGGAAUGAGCAGAGCAUGGUUAUGCAUGCAAAUUUUUCACUCUUCAUUAUUUUCCUCUCACCUCUCAUCUUUGAUACUUAACUUCUCUCAAGGUUGUACAUACAGUGUGAUGAAAUUUUUUUAAACAAUUGAAUACUCAUUUACUAUGACUUUAAAAAAAGUUUAUCUAUAUUCUUCAAUCUACGUACAUGUACUUGUAUUUACUGAAUAAUGAUUCUUUCUCUUGCAGCGGAAAAUGGAUUUGCCGUUUUGUUCUCAAAUGAUCAAAACUUAUGCAGCAAGGCUAUAAUUAAUGGAAUAAAAGCUUUCAGUCAUCAGGUACCUGUAUAUUUAAAAAUAUACUAUUUUGUUUUAUACCUAAAGUAUGAAAUCAUUUGUGAGUAAAACAAGAAAAAUGGAAUUGCUGAUAUUGCAAUAGUGUACAUGGAUAAAUCAGUAGUCUGACAUUAUUUAUUUGUUUUUGCAUUAGAGUCUUGUCACAGGAUUGAAAGAAUUAUUCCAGAGCAGUGCCAUAGUGUUAAAGAAAGGUUAUUUUCAAGGUGAGUUUUAGACGUAAUUUUACGUGACAUUUAUGUGGAAGUUGCAGCAGAUGUCAAGCUCUAUGAAAUGCAAACACCUGGUAAUUUACGAACAGUACCAUGUUUUCUCACAAUAUCAACCCCAAAGAAAGUCGAGCUAAAUUCCUAUCAUGAUUAUAAUUUCAAUUUCUGUUUCCACUGUUUCUACUUCCUUUUUUGUAGACUAUUAUAAGGAGCUUCAAAGGCAAGAGGUUUUGGCAGAUAUGAGAGCCAAGGUAUGUUGUAUGUUUCCGAGCUUAACCUUUUCGCUAAGUCAGCAUUUGGCGACGUAAAAUCAUGAAAAGGACGCCACACAUGGAAUUUUAAUCGCCAAAAGAAAAAAAUUCAGGUCUAGCGUUCCAAAUGGGAAUGAGGUGUUAAGAGUCGGACGAUAGCGUCUAUGAUCGCAAGGAGAUGCCGUCCGAAAUCGGACGAUUGCGGACGUAAUCAGACGAAAGAAUCUGAGAACGAAAGAUAGUGGACGUAAACGGAAGAUAACGUCCGAAAUCGGACACUGCACUUUUUAGAUGGAAAGGAAGAGUGCGAAAUCGCAUGGAGGUGUCCGAAAUCGGAGGGAAGUGAUUAGAGAUGACUGUCUCAUUUGUAAUAAACGUUGCGUUGAUUUUUAUACGAUUUUCUCUCUGCCUUCUAAAAUAAACUCAAGCCCCUGUGUAAACCCCUUUACCAUUUGCGGAGAAACUGGCUUUGUUCGUACGAGUAUGGGUGCAUAUUUCGUCAUUUGGCAUGCGUUAUACAGUUUAUAGAAAUCGAACAAAAUAUAUCGAACAGUUUAUAAUUUAUGUUGUAACAGUAUCAAUAGCUUUUUAAGGUACGAGAGUGGUUGUUUAGGUGUUCCCACAUGUUAAGACAAACUUUUUGUUUUACAUUGUUUCCAUUGCACUCCUUGUUAUAUUUCUUUCACAUGCCCUUCCCCACAGAAAGUGCACAAGUAGAAACGUACUUACGCUCCUGUGACAGUGUAACUUCCCAUCAGCGGGGAGUAGCAAUAGUCCCUCUGAUCUAAAGCUACGGAAAAUUAGGUGAACUGUGCUCAAGUGAUGCACUUAGUUUGUGAGCCAACUCCACCUGUAUUCACCAAAUCACAUAUGUUUAUUUUUAUUGUACUUCCAUGUAGGCUGAUGAUCUUGUAUGUGAGCUUCAGUGUGUUAUGAGGGAAGGAUUAGCUGUCGUAGUGGAGACUGAAAUGAGAGCAGCUUAUGAAGAUCUUUGGUAUGCUGCUUACCUUGAGUUGAUUAGUUUAACUACGAAUAGUGCGAGGUUAAAGUAGAAAAUAAGACAGUGUGAUCAGGGAUGGACGUACAGUGUGAUCAGGGAUGGAGGUACAGUGUGAUCAGGGAUGGAGGUACAGUGUAACUUGACUUUAGCGCCUAAAGUUCAGGCUGGCGUUACAGUGAUCCUCAUUACGCUGAUUAUAGCGUAAUAUUCCCAAUUUUGUUUUUGUGGUUUUAUAGAAGUUUCCGAUAAAUCUGUCUGUACAUGUGGUAUGUCAGAAGGUACAACUGUAGUUAUGAAAGAUGGUACUUAACUUAGAUCUUGUUUCUGAGCAUUCUUUCAAAUACUCAGAUGAAUUAGACAGAUGUUUUUCGUCUUGUCACAAGCGUGAGACAAAGAAAACAUUCUGAGUCCCCAGGAGGAAUCGAAACUCAGACCUUCGGGUCUUUAUAGAGCCCAAAAUUUACUAAGUCUCUCAUUCUAUUUACUCAGAUGGAUUGUUUGGGUUUCAGGGACAAGAUUGUGUUUAUAAAACCACCAUGGACCUUAGCUGACCUCCUUCAGUUGUUAGACAAGUAAGGAAAGUAAUCAAAUAAACAACAAUAAAGAAGAUGUAAUCACUUCCGAAGGGGAAUACGACAUUUCGAUUCGUUUUGCGUCACCUUGUAAAGCAUCAAGCUCCGCUGUGAUUGGCUGGUCUUCAACAGCUGUAAUUGGCUCAUUUGGAUGCUCUCCGGCUGUUGUGUCUCUCGGUUGUGGGCAUCCAUGCUUCUAGAAUGCCUAUUUUACUGUCCCUGUUCAUGCUAUUGAAGAUGAUGUCCUGUGUAAAUUGCAUUUUAUACCCUGUAUCUGUCACCAUCAGGAUCUCAAGUCAUAAUCUUUGUGAUUCGCAGUACGUUCAUGGAGUUUUUUUCGUGUUGUAUUUCGUGAAAAGUUAUGCAUAAACAUGAGGAACAUAACUGUGGCGCGCACUUUUUUUAAGGUAUGUCUAAUGUUAUUUAAUCUUCCAUAGACACUGGAUUGCUGUCUUCGGUCAAGUAUUUGAAAGGAAAAUCAAGACGACAGUAGAAAACCUACGAAAGCACUUCAGUGGAAGUGGAGGUAAAGGUGAUAAAUGGCGGUAUUAUGGGAGAGCUCUGAGAGCUUCAACUAAACUGUAUUACUACGUACUAAUAAAUAAAUUACAGUAAUUCAGUAAAUUCAGAGUUAGUCGAUUUUGGUUCUUGUAUCAGGUAAUCACAUUACGUUCAACAAUGAAGAGAAGCAUAGAUUGUGUGACUGUUUGUGAGUCAGACAUCAAAGUCAAGUAGUUCUUAUAUGCUUAAUUUCUUGUUGUUAGGUUCCCCUGGUUGUCUGGCUAAUGCCUCUGUUGUAAUGGACCGGGCGCACGAUCUCUUUGAGUGUAUAGCUCAGCGUUCAUGGUAAAUCAUCAGUAAAAUUUACCACUUAGUCAAUAAUUUAACUUUGUGUUGGAACUUAAGACUUUUGUCAAUAGUGUGGUAAUGAUUUCGUACCGGACGAUAUGCCCCAGACUGAUUAGGAGAGCUCCUCUCGUUUCAAGCAAUAAUUUAUUAAUUGGACCUCUCGUGAAAACCUCCGUGUUCGCCAUUUGUAUUAAUUUUUUUAUAUUUUUACGUCACAUUAAAAAGGGCGCGUGAGUAACACAACACACGGAAUAGCCUGGACACAGUUAUUUCUACUUCCGUUUCUUGAACUAAGUUUGUUGCAAAAAUGCGUUGACUAUACUGUAAGCUUUGCUCAACUUAGCACUGUGCACUGCGAUGGUGAUAUUCUCCUUUUUCCUUUACCCUCGACUCGUAUCAGUUUUAAUUAACAUCUUUUGUAGCCUGUUGUUUUCUCUUGGGUCUAGUCUUGUUUCUCAUAUGUGUGAUUUGUUUUAGUUACAAUGGAGCGAUAACCAAGUGUGUGACAGCCAUUAUCGUCCUUCAAAAGAGGUGCAAAGAAUUUCAUUCAGAUCAAGCACAGUCUACCGGCGCCCAGGCCUCUGUUGUUAUGGGUCCUCCUCGAGUCCCAGCCCUGCAUGGGCCUGGCACUGGUUAUUCCCCACCAUCUUUGUCUAAAGAAACGGAGAAAGAGGUUGGUUAAUUUUCUUCGGUGCAGAAAUAUUGUUGUAACUCAUCAUAUUUGCACUUCAAAGCGUUCUUUGUAUGCAGAAUACGCGAUACGAGCCCGCACUUGGGUCAAGCUGUGCCUUCUUUUGGGGUGCAUACGCACUGACAACUGUGUAGACAACGAAUCGCCUUCUUGAGUCAGAAAUAUUGCCUUUAAGUAGGCGUGUUCUACCAUUUGCGGAUUUUCGUUUCAUUUCUCUCUUCUAUUGAAAGGUGUGUGAAAGCUGAUUUUAUGGUACAUACUAAGAAAACUUCAACUUGACACUAGCCUUUCGUUUUAAUAUUUUCCUCAUUUUGUCCACGAACAAAAACCGACACAGUAGUUUAGACAAUAUCAUGUCACCUUUGCCAACUGUUUGACUACGUUUUAACUUGUAAACUACAAACGCUUUUGAUCUUUGUAAUUCGUAUUUAAGUUUUUCUUAGUGUUGUAUAAUUAAUAAAUGUUUAUCUUUCAGAAGUUCUCGGCGAAACUUGAAGAGGGUUCAGAAGAAAGCAGUAGUGUCCAUGAGAUUAACACAGCAGAGGCUGACAGCAAUCCUCAUGCUCUGGUCCUAUCAACUUUUGAGACAAUAUGGAACGCAGUCAAUCAGUUCAGGUCUUUGAGCUCGCUUUUUUCUUAUCCUAAGUUAAAGCUGAUUUCCGCAACAAACGCGUUCUACUGAAGUGUUUAAAAUCGUUACGUUCUUCCAUCGCACACCAACCUGAUUUCGUUUUCAAUUACAGUGCACAGAUAUUUAACGGUGUUGGAUUUCCUCAUCCCAUACCACAGAACAUUCUGAAGGAUCUCGCUAAACCAUCAAGGGAACAGGCUGUUCAGUUUCUCAGCCGGCUCUGUUCAUGUUUAGCAUUUGUUGUCGCAGCCAUUCAAAGGUAAAAAUUUAAAUUCACACGGUUACGGAUAGUUACCAUUUUUCCUUGCUUGAUUUCAGUAAGUGAUCGAACCAGUGGCUAUCGGAAUUCGAGUUUAGUCCUCAGGGUGGUUUCUUGAUCUUGAAGAGACCAAGGGUAUUCCUGCUUCCCCCUUCCCACCCUCCCACCCCUCCCCCACUCCUUGUUUUACCUAAGUUUAUUUCGCUGUUGCGUAGAGACGCUUUGCGUCGCUCGCCGAGGGUUCCAUGCGUGAUCGUAAUGAUGUGCAGUUAGCGACUUUAAAGGACAUGGCAAGAUGAUUUUCUUUAGGCCUGGUAAGAAGAGAAAGAAGGUCACUACUUCUUAUUAGUCAAUUAUAUUCAAUCUUAAGAGUUCUUUACUUUUUACUGCAGGACACAUUUUGAUAAUUUUUGUCAUCAGCUUUUUCCUUUUAAUUGCUUAAAGCGUUCUUCAAGAACCAAAAGGAAGCGAGGCGGGGAAUUUUCAAAUGUUCGAAAAUUUGUUGAAAGCUGUCACGCAAUUCUUCCAGGAGGUGAGGGAACUGUAUUUCAAGGAGGUGGAAAUGUUAUUUGUGUCAUUAGGGGAAUUUGUAACUGAGUGUCGAAAGUCAUUCAGGAAUGCAUUGGUUGUGUUCUUAACUUCACUUUCUGUUUGGUAGAGAAAACACAACAUGCCCUUUCGAUCAUUCAUAUGCAAAACAGAAACGAAAAAACAAAACAGAUGAAAAACCCCCAUCGACAUGUCACUUGUGCUGUGUUUCCCGUACCUUACUCAGUUUGUUGUUCUCACUGCAAUUUUGUUACAGUUGAAAUGUUUGCUUUGCGAAUGCUGUCGAAAAACUGGCGUUAAAUGGUGAAACUUUUUAUGUUCUCUAAAGAAACUUGUAGUCAUUUGUUGUUUUUGUUGUAUUUUGGUAACGCGUGAGAUUGAUACAUUUUAGAAACAACCAUUCAACUUUACCUCUUGCAGAUAUUAUCCAUGAAUACGAACGUUACAGUGACGGACCUGUUUAAAUUUGCAAGGGAUCCAAACGCAAGGUAACCUUCCACUCUACAUGAAUAUUUAGGUAAGAUUGUUUUUGCUUCUGUCGUGAGCUGAAGACAUUCGGAUUUUGCUGUCCAAUGUUGUGCCACUGAGCUAUUGUGAACUGUGUCGUGAGCAAGGACGUAUAUUCGGUUUGUAAAUGCAAUCAUCAGCAAUGUCGAAACGUUCUUAUGCGAGAUUAGAAUAAGAGAGUUAAUGAGUUUUGAGCGUGUUAAUAUGCCGGCUUUACAUGUAAUAUUAUCAUCAAUCAUACUUGAACUCUCACAACUGGCCCAAAUGCUUUCAGGAUGGGUCUCAUUCAGGGGUGCUCACAAUUAGACCGUGCUUUGGCCACCCUCCAGCAGUGUUCCACUUGGGUGGUGUCCUCCGAACUGUAGUGACUGGUGACGAGUAUUAUCGUUGAGAACACUCAACAUUUACAGAAUAAGAAAGUCAAAGCCUGUGCCGGAGAACGGAGACGAUAUAGAGAUCUAUUUCAAUGUUGAGACCGCCUCUUGUGCUCUGAGAACACAAGGCUGUAAUUUGAGGGAGUUUGAAGUUACUGAAAAGAUUUUGUGACAUUGUGCUUUUGCAAUACCCGAUCACAAUUUUUUUUUAAAACACGAUUUUAAGUAGACAACAUGAGUCGUUGCUACAAUUUUCAAAA